CGGUUAUUGCAGCCAGCCCCGACACCGCUUACACAUCAACCCACCCGCCCGCCUAUCCGACAGAAGUAGCGACUGCCCUCUUUUUUAUUUCGUUCCAUUUCCCUUCCCUCAACGGCCGGUAGAUUAUUAAUUUCACCCGGUAGCCACCAUGCGCCUUCGUCCCCUGGCCGUGCUCCCCCUGCUGAUCUCUGCCGCCUCUGCCAACACCGAGAAGGCGGUAUUUCUCGGCCCAGCCCCGGGCAACAUCCCUUCCGCGCAUCCCGCCCUUCGCCAUUUACACGUUGAUACUCUCACGCCUGCGAACGCGUCGAAACGGACGCAUGUAGCCGCUCGGUUCCCCAGUCUUGCGUCGCCCGAUGGCACGCCUACUUGGCUCAUACUCGACGACCUUGCCGAGGGCCAGCGCUACGAGGUGAGGGUAUGUUGGGCUGCCACUCAACCCACCACGUUCAAAAUUGCUACCUACGAGCUGCAGACCGUCCUCGAGACGCCAGAGUUGUUGUCCCAACUCUCAGAGUACUCGCGUUCUCGACAGCCCGUUCGUGAAGAUGGCUACCCAUAUGGGACCGGGUCUGCCGGGGAUCAUCGAGCAUCGAUCUCCGAAAAGGGAGCGUCGGUACUUUUCCUUCAGAUUUUAGCGGCGGCCGAUUACUAUACGACGAAUAGGACGUUGAUGAGAGACGUUCCGUCUGUCCACGUGGACAUUAUUCUUGACCCUUUUCUUCUCAACGCGCUGCCCCGUUCGCUCCUGCCGACGGCGGGCUACCUUAUUUUCGUGGCCAUGGUGUCCUGGUUUAUCGCACAGUACAUAUCAACCCUCAUUUGUAGAGUUGCGGUAGACCCGGCUCACAAGAAGGUCGACUGAGGUAGUGUGGACGCUCGGGCUGUUACGUCCUACGUCUAAAUUGGGACCUCCGCCCCUAUUCCUAGCUAUCAUAACUCGUUAU